CCUCACCGCAUCCUCAAGAAAUACACUGUCGUUAGCCUUGUAAUUGCAGGAGUCAAGGUUUAUCCACCUCCUCAGUCAGCAGCAGUCUCGUCAACUGGUCCUGGACCUUCAGCUGGUGGUGCCGCUGUUUCUGUUGAGAAAUCACCUCCUCAACCCAAGACAGAGGAGUCUCAUCUCUCACCAGAAGAGGAUUACCCCUUCGUUGAGAAGCCAUCACAGGAUUUCUUCUGUCCAGUGACGUUGGGUCUGCUGCUCCAGCCUCACCUCACGUCAUGCUGUGGUAAACAUUUCUCAGAGGAGUCUGCCACCAGAAUACAGGGAGAGGGAGGACCAUGCCCACUCUGCAAGGCUCCUGACUGGAGUACCUUUCUGGACAAACACGUCCGUCGACAGGUGAAGGAGCUUCAUGUGUUCUGUCGUCACAAGGAGAAAGGCUGUGGGUGGAAAGGAGAAUUGUCUGACUUCACACAGCAUGUCUGGUCUUGCCAGUUCAGAUAUAUACAAGUCUCUACCCAGGGAAGAACAGAGCUCCACGAUGCUGCUGAGAGAGGAGAUGUGGAGGCGGUUGAGAGACUCCUCUCCACUUCUGUCAAUAUCAACUCCAGGACUGAGGAUGUAGGAGACACUGCUCUACUGGUAGCCUCUCGUAGAGGUCAUGUUGAGGUUGUACGUCUGUUGCUCAAGGCUGGGGCUGCAGUCUUCAUUCCUGACAAGUGUUGCAGGACUCCACUGUACUGGGCUUCAUUCUAUGACCACAGAGCUGUAGUGGAGCUACUAAUAGAGAAUGGAGCUGAUGUCAACAUCUGCAAUGAGAAUGGUCACAGUCCACUCUUUAUUGCCAGUCAAAAGGGACACACUGAGGUGGUGGAUGUUCUGGUGAAAGCUGGAGCUGAUGUCAAUCAGGCAACAACCAAGAAUGGUUUCAGUCCACUCUAUGUUGCCAGUUAUAAUGGACACUCUGAUGUAGUGGAGAUUCUGCUAGAGGCUGGUGCUGAUGUCCAUCAGGCCACCACCAAGGAUGGUUCUGUUCCUCUGGGGAUAGCUGCCCAGGAGGGACAUACUGAGACAGUUCAGAGACUGUUGGAGGCAGGAGCCAUUGUCAACCACCAGAACAAGGCAGGAACCACAGCCCUGCUCUUUGCAGGAUGGAAAGGUCACUCGGAGUUGGUGAAACUACUGCUAGGAGCUGGGGCCAGAGACAUUCCUGAUAAGUUUGGAGAGACUGCUCUGAGCCUGGCCAGAGCCAACAACCACAAUGAUGUGGCUUGCAGUAUCUACUGCAACACCAGCCAAAGUGAAAAGUAGACACUCUAGCACUGUUACAAAAACAUACGUAGUUAUUACAUAAUUAUCUUGACUCUUUAUAAUAUUGUGUUUAGCCUGUUUAAUAUGUAUGUAGAUGAAAUAAUUAUUUCAUC